CACAUUGACAUUGUCCGGCUAGUCCGGGCGGCCUGGGAAGGACUCUGGACAAUUUCGCAUUGACGGAAAAGAAGUGUGAUUAUAUAUGAGGACCGAGCUGAUCCUAAAGCUUUCCUCGCCCUCCCACCACAGUAAACCACCACGCCCAUCAUGUCUUCUACCCUCUUCACGAGGAUUCGCCCACGGACAGCCGUUGCGACACUGGCCACUGGCGGCAUCGCCCUGUGCAUCUUCACACGUCUCAUGAUCACAGACGCGCACGCCGCGUCGCAUCCCACGCCGCCCAAGGUCUUUGGUGGCGGGCCUUCGUUCAUCGCGUUGCCGCUGGAGAGCGCCGAGCAGGUCAACCACGACACCAAGAGACUGCGAUUCAAGCUGCCCACGCCUGACUCCGUCAGCGGCCUGCCUCUCACAUCGUCUCUGUUGACCGUCUCCUGGCCAAAGGGCUCAUGGACACCCGUCGCUCGCCCAUACACCCCCAUCAGCACCUCAGAUGAACCCGGCCACAUUGACUUCCUGGUGAAAAAAUACCCCAACGGCAAACAAUCCACCCACCUCCACGCCCUCCAGCCAGGCGACACCCUCCGCUUCGCCGUGCCCCUCAAGGGACCCCAAUGGAAACCGUCGCCUUCGUCAUCCCCAGAGCACAUCACCCUCGUGGCCGGGGGCGCGGGCAUCACGCCCGUCUACCAGCUGCUGCAGGGUAUCCUCGCUGACAAGGGCGACUUGACGACGACAAUGACGCUCGUGUACGGCGUCAACACCGAGAAGGACACCCUGCUGCGGGACGAGUUUCGCGCGCUCGAGAAGCAGCACCCGGGUCGGUUCAGGGCCGUGUACACGGUGACAGCGCCAGAGCAGGAUGGGCAGCAGGAGAUCAGAAAGGGCCGCGUGACCAAGGAACUGCUGGAUGAGCUCGUGCCCGCGAGCCAGCGAGGACGUGCCUACGUGUGCGGCCCGCCGUCGAUGGAGGCGUCGUUAACCGGGGGUCGGGGCGCAAGCGAUGGCGGGAUCCUGCAACAGCUGGGCUACAGGAAGGUGGACAUUUUCAGGUUUUGAAAAUCAAAAGACGUUUCGUUUCU